GAAGGAGGGGCAAAACUCAAGAUGGCGGACAAAACGCCAGGCGGCUCUCAGAAGGCUAGUUCAAAGACAAGAUCAUCAGAUGUUCAUUCAUCUGGAUCUUCAGAUGCACAUAUGGAUUCAUCUGGACCCUCAGAUAGUGAUGUGCCAAGUCGGACACGACCUAAGAGCCCAAGAAAGCAUAAUUAUAGGAAUGAAAGUACCCGUGAAAACCUUUGUGAUUCUCCCCAUCAGAAUAUCUCAAGACCUCUUUUAGAAAACAAACUAAAAGCAUUCAGUAUUGGAAAAAUGAGUACAGCUAAGCGAACGCUAAGUAAGAAGGAGCAAGAAGAAUUAAAGAAAAAGGAAGAUGAAAAGGCAGCUGCUGAGAUCUAUGAGGAAUUUCUUGCUGCUUUUGAAGGAAGUGAUGGUAAUAAAGUGAAAACCUUUGUGCGAGGAGGUGUUGUUAAUGCAGCUAAAGAGGAACAUGAAACAGAUGAAAAAAGAGGUAAAAUAUAUAAGCCAUCUUCAAGAUUUGCAGACCAAAAAAAUCCUCCAAGCCAGUCAUCAAAUGAAAGACCACCAUCACUUCUAGUGAUAGAAACCAAAAAACCUCCACUGAAGAAAGGGGAGAAAGAAAAGAAAAAAAGCAAUUUGGAACUCUUCAAAGAAGAAUUAAAACAAAUUCAAGAAGAGCGUGAUGAGAGACAUAAAACAAAAGGCAGAUUAAGUCGAUUUGAGCCACCUCAGUCAGAUUCUGAUGGUCAGCGCCGUUCUAUGGAUGCGCCUUCAAGAAGAAAUAGAUCAUCUGGUGUUCUUGAUGAUUAUGCACCUGGCUCACAUGAUGUAGGAGAUCCAAGUACUACUAAUUUAUACCUGGGAAACAUUAAUCCACAGAUGAAUGAAGAAAUGCUCUGCCAAGAAUUUGGAAGAUUUGGACCACUAGCCAGUGUCAAAAUUAUGUGGCCUAGAACUGAUGAAGAAAGAGCUAGAGAGAGAAAUUGUGGCUUUGUGGCUUUUAUGAAUAGAAGAGAUGCUGAAAGAGCUUUAAAAAAUUUAAAUGGAAAGAUGAUUAUGUCUUUUGAAAUGAAAUUAGGUUGGGGUAAAGCUGUACCUAUUCCUCCACAUCCAAUAUACAUUCCUCCUUCUUUGAUGGAACAUACGCUCCCCCCACCACCAUCAGGACUGCCUUUUAAUGCGCAGCCUAGAGAGCGGUUAAAGAAUCCCAAUGCUCCCAUGUUACCACCACCUAAAAACAAGGAGGAUUUUGAGAAGACUCUGUCGCAAGCCAUAGUCAAAGUGGUUAUCCCAACAGAAAGGAAUUUGCUCGCCCUGAUACAUCGAAUGAUAGAGUUUGUUGUACGUGAAGGGCCAAUGUUUGAAGCUAUGAUUAUGAACAGAGAAAUCAACAACCCUAUGUUCAGGUUCUUAUUUGAAAACCAGACACCAGCUCAUGUUUACUAUAGGUGGAAGCUUUAUUCUAUUCUGCAGGGAGAUUCUCCAAUUAAAUGGAGGACAGAAGAUUUUCGAAUGUUCAAAAAUGGAUCUUUUUGGAGGCCACCACCAUUAAACCCAUACUUGCAUGGAAUGUCAGAAGAACAAGAAACAGAAGCAUCUGUAGAGGAGCCUAGUAAAAAGGGAGCACUUAAGGAAGAACAGAGGGAUAAAUUAGAAGAAAUCCUACGGGGAUUAACUCCACGGAAAAAUGAUAUUGGAGAUGCAAUGGUUUUCUGUCUUAACAAUGCUGAAGCAGCUGAAGAAAUAGUGGAUUGCAUUACUGAGUCAUUGUCCAUCUUAAAGACACCCCUUCCUAAAAAGAUUGCCAGAUUAUAUUUGGUUUCUGAUGUUUUGUAUAACUCUUCAGCCAAAGUUGCCAAUGCUUCAUAUUAUAGAAAAUUUUUUGAAACAAAGUUAUGUCAAAUAUUUUCAGACCUCAAUGCUACCUAUCGUACAAUUCAAGGCCAUUUGCAAUCUGAAAACUUUAAGGUAUACUGGGCUAUUUAUCCGGAACCAUUUUUGAUCAAACUACAAAAUAUUUUCUUAGGACUUGUAAAUAUUAUUGAAGAAAAGGAAACAGAGGAUGUACCAGAUGAUCUUGAUGGUGCUCCUAUUGAGGAAGAGCUUGAUGGUGCACCUCUUGAAGAUGUGGAUGGAAUUCCUAUUGAUGCUACUCCCAUUGAUGAUCUUGAUGGAGUCCCUAUAAAGAGUCUUGAUGAUGAUCUUGAUGGAGUGCCUUUGGAUGCGACAGAAGACUCAAAGAAAAAUGAGCCUAUAUUUAAAGUUGCCCCAUCAAAAUGGGAAGCUGUUGAUGAAUCAGAAUUGGAAGCACAAGCUGUAACAACUUCUAAAUGGGAGUUGUUUGACCAGCAUGAAGAAUCAGAAGAAGAAGAAAAUCAAAAUCAAGAAGAGGAAAGUGAAGAUGAAGAUGAUACUCAAAGUUCCAAAUCUGAAGAACAUCAUUUGUAUACUAAUCCAAUUAAAGAAGAAAUGACGGAGUCUAAGUUCUCUAAGUACUCUGAAAUGAGUGAGGAAAAGCGAGCUAAGCUUCGUGAAAUUGAGCUUAAAGUUAUGAAGUUUCAAGAUGAAUUGGAAUCUGGAAAAAGACCUAAAAAACCAGGCCAGAGCUUUCAGGAGCAAGUAGAACACUACAGAGAUAAACUUCUUCAACGAGAGAAAGAGAAGGAAUUAGAAAGAGAAAGAGAACGAGACAAGAAGGAUAAAGAGAAAUUGGAAUCUCGAUCCAAAGAUAAGAAGGAAAAAGAUGAGUGUACUCCAACGAGGAAAGAAAGGAAAAGGCGCCACAGUACAUCCCCCAGCCCGUCUCGCAGUAACAGUGGUAGACGAGUGAAGUCACCAUCACCAAAAUCGGAGCGAUCAGAGCGUUCUGAAAGAUCUCAUAAAGAAAGCUCACGGUCCAGGUCAUCUCACAAAGAUUCUCCUAGAGAUGUUAGCAAAAAGGCCAAAAGGUCACCAUCUGGUUCAAGGACACCUAAAAGAUCUAGGCGAUCACGGUCUAGGUCCCCUAAAAAAUCAGGGAAGAAGUCCAGAUCCCAGUCCCGAUCUCCACACAGGUCUCAUAAAAAGUCAAAGAAAAACAAACACUGA